ACUUAACUUAAACCAGGAGUGCCCAACCAGUCGAUCGCGGUCUACCACUGAUCCCAAGUCGACCGCGAGGGGUGUAGGAAAAAAUGAAAAAAAAAAAAAAAAAAGUUUUUUGGGGUGUGUGUGUGUGAUAUAUUUUGUAUUAAAUGUACACUGCAGCCUAUCAUGAGUCAUUGCCUAUGCAUCAGUCUCUUAAACACAAAAAAGUAAGUCACCUUUAACCUACGGUAGCUCGUGACAGGAAGUUUGACAGGAAGUUGACAGCUGUCAACAGUAGCUAGCAGCUAGCGAUCAGAGCGGUUACGCACUCCUAAAUGUUAACAUGGCUGAGGGGAAACGAGCGAAGACCUACCAUUUUCACCCUGAAUGGGAGGAAGAUUAUUUUUUUGUUUAUUCUCAUUCAAUUCUCAUCCAAAGUCUGAUCUGCAAUGCAACGGUGGCGUUGGCAAAGAAAGGGAAUCUGGAGCAGCAUUUUAAAACGAUACACGGGAGCUACGAGAGGGAUUUCCCUGCAAAGACGCUUUUACGCUCCACAAAAGUGCGGGAUUUGAAAGCACAGCUUGCAGCACGGCAGUCAAUCUUCACCAAACCAAAGACCCAGAAUUCACCAUUCCAGCUAACAAACAAGGACACUGGUUUUUGUUUGGUUAAAACAAAUAACCAAUGCACUGACGUACGUUGGACAACUGGGGACCGACUUCUGGUUCAACAAAGGAAUAAGUGCCUGGGAGCCGAGGGGAAAAGUGUGGGAAGUGAAAUAAGCCUUUAUGACUGUGAUGAACACAGCGACCUCCAAAAGUGGCAAUGCAAAAAUGAAACCGUGCUCGCCCUCAAAGACCAAGAGCUCUACAUUGAGUUAACUGCAGACAACACGGCAGCUCUCUCCAAAAAAAUAGGACCCAAUAACCACCUCAUAAUUUCAGGAACAUUCAACGGUGCUUGUGCUAGAACACACAGAGAGCUUUAUGCCAUUGGUGGAAAUGCAGUUGGGCUGCCAUGCAUGUUUCCCUUCCAGUACAAUGACCAGUGGUUCUCAGACUGUACUGCGCUCGACUCUCCGGAGAGGAAACUUUGGUGUGCUGUUGAAACCAAAUAUCAAAGUGAGCGUUGGGGAUACUGCCCAGUUACUUCGAGAGAUGGCUGGACUACACACCCAACAACAGGAGCCUAUUACCAGCUCAACACACAAGCAGCUCUGACUUGGCCUCAGGCUGAAGCCAGCUGCAAACAGCAGGGUGCCUCCCUGCUCAGUAUCACCGAUCCUCACGAGCAGGUUUACAUUACAGCACUAUUAGGUAAAGAAGGCAAUAAGCUUUGGACCGGGUUGUUUCUGGAUCCAGAACAUGGCUGGAAAUGGUCUAACGGGAGGCCUUAUCGCUAUCUGAAAUGGGACUCAGGACAUCCAACUUCUAACCCAGGACAAAACUGUGCAGUUGUUGAUCCUGCUGUAAAGUACUCUUGGCAAAGUUCACUUUGCAGCAAGAAGCUUGGGUACAUCUGCUACAGUAAAGAGGCAGAGGUACUGCCUACACAAGCUGUCGAGACAGGAUUUUGUUCAAGACCUUGGAUUCCCUACAGAGGCAACUGCUUCCACCUCAAUCGUACUCAGAAAACAUGGCCUGAUGCUCAGCAAGUGUGUCGCAAUGAAGGAGGGGACCUGGUCAGCAUCAGCAAUGUGGAGGAUCAAAGUUUUGUCAUCUCUCAACUUGGAUACACAUCUGCCGAUGAGCUCUGGAUUGGACUGAAUGACAGGAAGACAGAAGGUCUGUUUGAGUGGAUUGACCACUCUACUGUCAGCUUCACUAGCUGGGAAUUUGGGAAACCUGCUGUCUCCACUAAUUUAAAGGACUGUGUUCUCAUCAAGGGAGAGAAUGGAAACUGGGCUGACCAUGUGUGUGAGGAGAAACACGGCUACAUUUGUAUGAAGAAUAGUGCCUCAAAACCCAGCGGAGAUGAAGUGGCAAAGGAUGUGGGCUGCAAAACUGGCUGGAGAAGACAUGGCUCGUACUGCUACUUUAUGGGGAGACAGACCAAAACUUUUGAUGAUGCAAAAGACGACUGCAAGAGCUCAGAGUCUUACUUAGCUGAUGUUUCAAAUGGGGUGGAUAAUGCCUUCCUCGUCAGCUUGGUGGGGAUGAGACCAGAGAAAUACUUCUGGCUAGGCCUCUCAAACCAGAAAAACAUUGAUCAAUUUGUGUGGACCAACCAAGUCUCAGUGAAGUUUACUCACUGGAAUGCAGAAAUGCCAGGUGACAAACAGGGCUGCGUUGCCGUGGCAACUGGGUUUUUCGCUGGCCUCUGGGAUGUGCUACCCUGCACCAAUAAGGAGAAAUAUAUCUGCAAACACCUGGCAGAGGGGGCAGUUUUAACCCCUGCACCACCCACUUUUUCCUCUACAGGAUGUGCAGCCGACUGGACACGCAUAGGAGCAAGAAAGUACUGCUAUAAGGCUUUUAGACAUUAUUCAUCUUCAGGGGCGAGGACAUGGUACGAAGCCAGAGAUUUCUGCAGGGCCAUUGGAGGAGACCUGCUGAGCAUCCACAGUGCUGAUGAGAUGCAAAUCCUAGAAAAAAGCUAUGAAAAUUUCUGGAUUGGACUCAGUGCCCCUGACCCAGUCACGGGCUAUGUAUGGAGUGAUGGAUCCCCACUGCAGUUCCAACACUGGGGGGAUGGAGAGCCAAACAAUAGAAACAAUGUUGAAUCAUGCGUCGUGUUAUAUAGUAACGGGCAGGAUGGGUAUUGGAGCGAUGUGCACUGUGAGAGUACCUAUGGAUACCUGUGCCAGAUCCGUAAAGACGUGACUCCAAACCCAUCUCCAGCUCCUGUCACUCCAGACUACCACUUGAACUCAGACGGGUGGCUAGAAUGGAAUGGAUCUCAGUAUUAUAUUGACACUUGGAGAACAAGCAUGGAAAGCGCUCGAAACUAUUGCCAAAGAAAACAUAGUGACUUGGUAAUUAUCAACAGUGAAGCUGAAAGUGUCUUUUUAUGGAAACAGAUAUCAAAAACUGAUGACAAGUGUCCUUACUGGAUAGGCCUGGACGUAGAUCUUGAUGGAACAUCUCGGUGGAUGGAUGGUUCUCCAGUAGUGUUUCAAAGGUGGGAUGAAAAUCAACCUGAAUUUAAAAACAAUGAUGAGAAUUGUGCUGCCAUUACUCCGUCUCUGGGGUUCUGGCAUGAUUAUAAUUGUGGAUAUGAGACCAUGUUCAUUUGUAAACGCAGUGAGUCAUCACCUACCAAGGCCAGUGUAACACCAAAACCUCUGAAAGGUGGCUGUCCACAUAAUUGGAAAAAAAUUGACUCAAAGUGUUACAGCAUUAUUCAUACCCAGAGGGCAACAUGGUUUGAAGCAAGAGCACAAUGCAGAUCAAUGGGAGGAAAUCUUGCCUCAAUUACCUCAAAACAUGUGCAAGUGUCUUUGAUUAUGGAAAUGGCUGAGCUACCUACCACAGACUUGUGGAUUGGUUUGUAUAGCCUUAAAGGCAAUCCCUUUCUGUGGACCGAUGGGCGACCGGUGGGCUUCAUCAACUUGAGGGAAAUGCGUCACCGUUAUGGUGACAGUGAGAAUCAAUGUGUUGUGAUAACUACCAAUCCCAACAGUCGUAUUGGAACGUGGGUAAAAAAGUCCUGCAAUGACACCAAUGGAUAUAUCUGUCUUCAAAAUGCUGACCCAUCUCUCCCAGACUCUCCUGAACCAACAACCUCUACUGACUAUGUCAAAGUAUUUAAUGACUCUAUCAAGAUUGUUACUCAACCAAUGAAGUGGGAUGAAGCCAAAAAGCACUGUGAAAAUGAUGGUGCCAAACUGGCAAGUCUGCGAAAUGAGUGGACAAAGAUCUAUACUGACUUGUUGGUUUUGAAUCACAACGCUCCUCUGUGGAUUGGACUGAACAAAGAGGAGACUGGUGGAUAUUUUAGAUAUAUUGAUGGCUGGCAUGUGACCUCAACCUACUGGGAUAGCUGGGAACCAAGAAGAGCCAAUCCAUGUGUGUGUAUAAAUGAUAAUGGAGAGUGGGAGACUGCUAACUGCAAUUUGAAGCUAGGCAGCAUUUGCAUGAAGUCUACAGAUGUGCCACCAACAGAGUCACACGAUUUCCCAGGAGUUUGUCCUGAAAUUUCAGAAGAAAAAAGAUACUAUACAAGUAGGAAAGUUUGGCUACCAUUUAGAGCUCAUUGUUACCUCUUUGUCACAGACACGAUUGAGUGGACAUCUGCAUCUACUGAAUGUGCAAUGUAUGGGGGAACUCUUGCAAGUAUUGAGGAUCCUACUGAGCAAGCAUUCAUCAAAGUUAAUGCUCAGCUGUAUCGAGACAGUGAACAUUCUUUCUGGAUAGGCUUAUAUAAAACUCACAGAGGCACUUGGCAGUGGUUGGAUAAAACCGCCAUGGACUACACGAACUGGCGUGAAGGUGAACCCGAAGGCAACAAUCACGAUCAUGUUUUGAUUCAAGUUAAAGAUGGGACAUGGACAGCAGCUCCACAGCGCUAUAACAGAGCAUAUAUUUGCAAAGCAGCCAAAGUACCAAAACAAGCACCACAGACAACUGUAAAUCCAACAAUGGAUCCUCAAAUCCGUGGCUACAGCAUUGUGGCAGUUGUGCUAGUCAUCACAGCAAUUGCCAUUGGGACAGCCAUCGCCUUGUUCCUCUUUAAGAAAUCUGGCCGCCGCUUACCUAUCCCUGAAAAGUUAUCCACCCUAUACAACCCACUUUUCAUCAACAAUGAGCGGUACCAGCCUGGUAUGGUCACCACCAAUGUAGCAAACGCAGAGGAGGAGAAACCUGCACCUGUUAUAACUGUGUGAUGUAAACGCCAGUAGAAUCUACUGGGGCUAUAUCCAUA